UACGCUUCUCUCGCUUUAAAAUUGAGCAAGACACUCUUCACUGUUCAUUACGAUCCCAUUGUUGAGAGACUUGAGAGUGACGAAUUGAGAAUCUUGUAGAGAAGAUGAAGAUGAGAGCGAAAUCGAUUCUGGUUAGGUCUUCGCGCAAGUCUCCUGAUCCAUCUCUCGCUUCGCUUCCGGAUGAUGAAGCUAAUGAAAAUUUGUGCUCUGGAGUGAGCACCACACACUGUGAUACCGAUGAUGUUGAGAUUGUUCCAGAUACUUUCGAUGAAAGAGAUGUGCCACACAAGAAGCGUCAUUGUCUUGGUACAACAAGUGAGACUACUGAUAGAGGAGUAUCCGUAGAUCCGCCGGUGCUGAACUUGGAUGCUUGUAUUGUUUGUGAAGUUGCAGACGACCGUGUAUCCCGUUGCUGCGGGAUUGAUUGUCUUCUUUCGUUUCACGGGGAGUGUUUGUAUACUGAUUUGGGUGAUAGUAGUGAGGAUCUUGCGAAUCCUUUUUGUCCUUAUUGCUGGCUUAAGAUUCUUGCACUGAAAUCCAAAACAUUGAAAGAGAAGACUGUUGAGGCGGAAAAGGCGGUCUUUAGGUAUCUAGAUAAAGAGGUGAAAAGUAAGGUUGAGAAUGAUUUUGAUAUGUCAAACGGUGAGAAGACGCCAUUGAUUGAGGAAACCGAUCAGUUAGAUGAUGAUCAAGGGGAAGUGGGUACUGAUAAAGUGACAGAAGAGGUUGUUGGAGCAUCAGAGGAGGAAGAGAGGGUUGCUACUACAGAAAACUUUCAAGACGCUGAGAAUGACGAAACAGCUAAAGAUCAAACUACUAGAGUCAGAACAGGUGCAGGGCAAAAACUAGAUGUGUUACCUUUUCUGUCUAUGCAAGAAUCGUUUUCAGGGAAAGAACAGGACCAGGUCAAACAGAAUGAGAAGCAAAGGGGAAGAAGACGAAGAGAGGUUGGAGCAUCAGAGGAGGAAGAGAGAGUGGCUACAGAAAACUUUCAAGACGCUGAGAAUGACAAGAAUGACGAAACAGCUAUAGAUCAUACUAGAGUCAGAACAGUUGCAGGGGAAAAAGUAGAUGUUUCGCCUUUUUUGUCUACGCAACAAUCGUUUUCAGGGAAAGAACAGGGCCAGGCCAAACAGAAUGAGAAGCGAAGAAGAAGAAGAGGAAUAGAAUUGAAUACUAUUGAUUGUGAAAUGUCAUCAAAGGGAUCAAGUGACGAACGAAAUGGAGACGAUGAAAUUGAGCAAGUAACUUCAUCGGCUCAAGUAACCUCCCCGUCAGGGAAUACGAAGAACCAGCAGGCAACAACCUUAGUUGUGGCUAAGUCAAAGACAGUGAGGGACAUAUCUUUCUUUAAGAAGGAUCAAAGAAGGAGGCUAUUUUGGACGUUUGAAGAAGAAGAGAUGCUAAAGGUGGGAGUGGAGAAAUUUGCAGCAGAAGCAAAGAAGAACAUGCCAUGGAGGAAAAUUCUGGAAAUGGGAGAGAAGGUGUUCGACGAAACACGUACUCCAGCUGAUCUCAAGGACAAAUGGAGGAACAUGGUUAAAAUGAACAAGACAACACUCUAAUUCCUACUGCUAAUGUAUCCAAUCAAUCAAUAGUUAGUGUGACUCAUUUUGGAGAUGAAGCCAGACUUGGUGAAGUAAUGUGGGCGUUGAGCUGUAUUAUAGACAAAAGUUCCUCCUUUACAAGAACUGGCUUCUACUUUUUGUGCAUCUUUCGACAUCUUUUGAUUUUCAGUAUAUAUAUGGUUCGUAGUUCGAA